GUUGAAUCUAUUUCCCGUUCGGUUACUUCAUUAAUAUUCUAUUUUUAUUUUUUCGGCUAAUCACAAACAAAUAUUCGUCGUGAGUAGGUAUUUGUAAGCCGAAAGAUAAAAUGCUAUGUUUAUAAGUUCUAAAACAUACAUUCAUGCUUAAACUUGAUCCAUAAUAAAUAUAAACUCUACUAGUUGGAACAGUAUCGCUUUGUAUAAAAAGUAUACGUGAUCCAUUUACGAAGAUACAAUGUCGUUCCGCGCAGUGAGGCGCGAGAAUCAACGGGGACACAGUUGUGUCGCGAGCCGAUAAUCAGUUUCAAUUUCAUACUUAUUUCACUCGUAGCACGCUUUUUAUCUCGGCUCGCUGAGUUUCGUUCGGUUUACCGCUAGAGAUGAUAGCACUGAUUCCGAAAAUUAUCGAUUUCGAAAUGUUCUGUUUCUGAUAAUGUUGAUAGCAUAAGGCGUUUUUAAAAAAUAAAUCAAUACCCUCAUUUAAGAACUCAGAAAAUAGAUACUUCUUGCUAUCGAUUACAAGCAUUUUCCCGAGUAGCGAGACUAAAGAAUGGAGAUCUCAUGCUGGCUAUUUACUAAAAAAAAUUUAAAAAAGCUAAAUACCUACCUUACAUUUAAGAUUUUCAAUUAAAAGACACCUUGCUACACACUGCUCGAGCAAGAAGAGAAUUAUCUCCAUAAGCGACACAGUAGAUUUUAAUGCUUGUAUAGUGUUUACCUAGACCACAUUUUACAAAUGAUUCUGGACAAGGGCCUCGGGGUAAGAAAUUAUAUUUGUCGCUAUAUUUCAAUCUAUUUGACUAGAAUGAAGAGCCCCGUGAGGGCUCCUAAGAAACUGAUAGAUAAGUGAAGCCGUCAACGGGCAUGAGACAAUUGACUUAAAUCAAUCCUUUGAUUUAUUGUGUCGAUAGAAAGUAACGUGAGCUCAUGAAACACUAUUGUCAUCCCUAUAAAACCCUGUUGCACAUUCAAACCCUUUUCACACCAUGGCGACACCUCCUGAUGACGACAUGACACAGACCACGCGACCCAAGAUUUGUGACAAGAAACUUAAAACCGCAGAAUUAAAAAUAAAUAAAAUUUUGCAAAAAAUCGAUAGCUUGCAACUAAACAAUUCGUACACUUCUCGUUUGGAAGUCGAAACCGGAAAAAGUGUAGUUUCGGUGGGAAAUAUAAAAAAGUUUAUUGUUGUAAUCUUUGUUUUGUUUUUUAUAAAUUUUGCACAGUGGUUAUAUUUGGAAUUUUUUGGAAGGAAGGGUUGUACUAUGGAUGUGCCGGCGAUUAUGAAGCCACUAUUCCGACCCCCUGAAGAUUGCUCGAUGUGCAUGGGGGUGAACGACGUGGUGCGCCUUGAAAAUAUUACAAGCAAAGAGUUUGAAGACAACUAUGCGUAUGGCGCCACACCUGUUAUAGUUACAGAUGCCACUGCGGGAUGGAAGGCAUUACAGGAAUUUGACUUCAAAUUCUUUGCUGAAUUUUACCAAAACACUAAAAUGGGCAAGCAAACAAAUGAUUGUUAUUACUUUGCGUAUAAAUCUGGUAUUAAUUCGUUGACGGAAGUUUUUAAUAUGGACGAGAAGAGAGCCAAUAUGUCUGGCGACCCCUGGUAUGUGGGAUGGAGUACUUGUUUUGAGGAAGAAACAAGGAAACUGAGGGUGUAUUAUAAACGACCGUACUUCUUACCAACGUCUGCCGAGAGCCAGAUGGUCGACUGGAUAUUUAUGGGCGGCCCUGGACAAGGGGCGCAUAUGCAUGUUGAUUCCGUGAAACAGAUGUCCUGGCAGGCGCAGAUCCGCGGCCGCAAGCAAUGGGAGCUGGCACCCCCACCAGAGUGCUUGUAUUACUGCUCCUGGUUCACAUUUACUGUGGCGCCGGGAGAAAUACUGGUAGUUGACACGAACCGCUGGUAUCACAAAACCAACGUGCUGCCUGGUGACAUCAGCAUUACCAUCGGCGCUGAGUAUGACUAGCUUAUGACGUCUUAGUAAGGAAAUAAAUAAUAAUUGUCCUGAGCGUAUUAUUUUUUAUAGAAAGGGGAUAUCUUUUCAUAUAUGGAACUGCAAAGAGAAUUAUAACAUAUAUAGAAAAUGGAACUGCCUAGAUUACAAUUCACAAUUUACAAUAGAUAUGGAAGAGUAGUAUCUUCUAAUAAAAACUUAUUGCUCUACAAAGCAAUAAAAAAACGUAAAAUGAGGCCCAAAAACCUUUAAAUGUAUAUUUUGUUGGUGCCAAAUAUAUAUUUUUUUUUUCUGUGAUAUUAUAAUAUGUUUUAAGGUUUUUUAAAUGGGAUGAAAAAUAUUGUUGAUUAUUUUGAUCGUUACCUAUCUCGUUGUUAUUAGGCAUUGGUGUAAUAAAAUAUACUAACAUGA